AUGAGACUAUUACUAUUGGUGAAGAACAAAUUAGGGUUCGUAGAUGGAACCUGUUCUAAAAGUCAAUACAAAGGAGAAUUGGCUGACCAGUGGGAGGGAUGUAAUGCAGUGGUUCUCUCUUGGAUUAGUAGUACAGUUGCACCUGGCUUGAUGACUACCAUUGUUUAUGCUUCAAAUGCAAAACGAGUAUGGGAAGAUUUCAAAGAAAGAUUUGCAAAAUCAGACCUAACAAGAGUGUAUCAACUAUGGACAGAAGUAGCCACUCUAAGACAAAGUACUGAUUCUGUGACUGACUACUACACUAAGAUGAAAAACCCAUGGGAUGAAUAUGAUAUGACAGUUCCAGCACCUGCAUGUGGAUGCCCUGAAUCAAAACCAUAUGUAGAACACUUUUGUCAACAGAGGUUACUGAUGUUUCUAAUGGGAUUAAAUAAAUCAUUUAGUCACGUGAGGAGUGACAUUCUACUCAAGACUAAUGUUCCAAGUGUGAAUCAAGCCUAUGCAAUAGUAACACAAGAGGAGAGCCAAAGGUUGUUAGGUGUAGUAGACGAUGUGCAUAAGGAACCCCUCACAAUGAUGGCAGGAAGAGGAUAUGGUUUUAAGGGAAAGAAAGUAAUACGUGUAGGAGGUACAGGAUGUGAAGUGUGUGGAUUUAAAAAUCACUUGACAGAGGACUACUAUAGAGUAGUAGGGUAUCCUGUUGACUUUAAGAGCAAGAGAAGGAACAAUGCAGCUGGAUCUUAUCAAAACAACACUGCUGAUGGACAAGUGCAGGACUUUGGCCUUUCUGAGGAGGAGCAUAAUCAACUGAGUAACUUGAACCUGAAUCACAGUGUAGGACCAAACUCAGGAGCAACACACCAUAUAACUGCCUGUAAAAGCUUGUUAGAAGAUUUGAAGUGUCUAGAAGAGUAUGCAUCUAGUAUAGUUCAGCUACCUACAGGAAACAAAGCUCAAAUAACAAAUACAGGAAUUUCAGUUAUUCUGGGAAACUUGACAGUGAAGGAUGUUCUGCAUGCACUUUACAGUGGCAAGGUAAUUGGGAUUGGUAGACAGUCAAAUCGCUUGUAUUUGUUGAGGAGUGAAAUAAAAGCAACUGUAGGAGCAGCAAUAAGGGACACUAGCUUGACUGAACUGUGUACUCAAUUUGAAGUUAAAGUGAAAGUGUUGAGAUCAGACAAUGGCACAAAAUUUUUUAACUCAAAAUAUGGAGAAUUAUUUUCUACUCUUAUCAUUGUUCAUCAAAGCUCUUGUGCAUAUACUCCACAACGGAAUGGCAUUAUGGAGAGAAAGCACAGACACAUACUAGACACUGCUAGAGCUUUGAGAACUCAGGCUAACAUUCCCAUCAAAUUUUGGGGACACUGUCUACCAAGACUAGACAAAUUUGCUUCUAGAGCCAAAAAGGCAGUUUUCAUGGGUUAUUCAGAUACACAAAAGGGCUAUAGCUUGCUAGAGUUAGAAUCCAAAACCUUCUUGGUAAGUAGAGAAGUCACCUUCACGAAGCAUGUUUUUCCAUUCAAGACCAACUCAGGAGAAUCUGAAGACAUAUUCGUGCCUGCAGAUCCACUUGGAUCAGUCUCUUGUGUUGUUCAUGCUGAUCUAAGGGAACCACCUCCAUCUAUUGAUCACACCAUACAACCAGUUCAAGUGAUAGAGCCUGCUGAGCAACUACCUCCAGAUGAACCUAUUGAACCGCAAACUCAAGAGGGCUUGGAGAAUUCUACCAUACUUGAAUCCACCACAAACACUGUGGCUGAUAUAGAUCAAGUAGAACCUGUGACUGAUGAUGUAGUGGCAGUUAUCACUGCUGAGAAUCCUAUCAGUCCAAGUAGAACCUCUAAAGCUCCUGUUUGGCACAGAGAUUAUGUUCUUGCUGCAUAUCAAGUCUAUGUUGCUGCUAUUUUAGUUGCCCUAGAACCAUCUAAUUUCAAGGAUGCUUCUAGGCAUGAACAUUGGGUUGAGGCAAUGCAAGCAGAGGUGGAUGCUUUGGAACAGAACUAG